UCCUCCCCGCUCCGCGUCCGGCCAUGGCGGCGGAGGCCGAGUCCGAGUCCGCGGCGUCGCGGCGGCUGGCGGGGCUGGUGGAGGCGCUGACGACGGCGGGGGGCGCGCAGCUGGACCCGCGCGGGAUGCGCGAGCUGAAGCGCCUGUGCCGGGCCGAGCCGGCGCAGGUGGGGCGCGCGCACCGGCUGCUGAUGGCGCAGCUGGCGGCGGGGCACGCCGAGGUGCGGCUGGCCGCCUUCCGCGCGCUGGAGCAGCUCUUCGCCCGCUCGCACGCCUUCCGCGCCCUGGUGGCCGCCGAGCUGCCCGAGCUGCUGGCCCUGGCGGCCGGGAGCGAGCCCCGCCGGCCCCUGCCGCCGCCCGCCGCCGCCGCCCGCCAGCUCCGCGCCGCCGCCCGCCGCGCCCUGCCCGACUGGAGCCUCCUCUACGGCCCGGCGCUGCCGCAGCUGGCCCACGCCUGCCGCUUCCUGGCCCUGCGCAAGAAGGUGGACUUCGCCGACGCCAGCGCCAGGACGCCGGCCGAGCGCGGCAGGGAGCAGGAGCGGCGCGAGCGGCUGGACGGCCUCCGCCAAGAGGGCGCCCGCCGGGCCGAGCGGGAGAUGGAGGGCGCGGCCGGCGAGAUGCAGGCGGUGCUGACGGAGCUGGAGAGCUGCUUUCGCCUCCUGGUGCCCCACCCGCUUGACCCGGCGGCCGAGGAGCAGCCCUGCUGCAGCGCCCACCUUCCCGCCUCGCAGGGCCCGCCGCCGCCGCCGCCGCCGGAGGAGGAGGACGGCGCGGCUUUCCUUCAGAGCUGCGGCCUCGGCUCCCGCCACUACGCGCUCUGCCUCGACAUCCCCACAGAUGUGAAACUGCAGGAGAAUGAAGACAAUACGGCCAUAAUAAACAGUCUUAUGGAUGCUCAAAAACUCAUCAGAAACAAAUUCCUGCCAUCUGUACAAUCUUGGAUUCAGUUGUUCACAAGAGCUGGAAUAAGUGACAAUCGUCUAAGGAAGGCCAUUGAUCUUAAAAAUAAACUAGAGGCUGCGCUGGAGAAACAGAAGGAAAUGAAUAUUGACUAUAAAGAGAAGAGGAGAAAAGUGAUGAAAGCUUCUGACGAUAGCAGCGAUAACGAGGAGUUUGUAGAAGUACCUGCCAAGGAAGGCUACGAGCCCCACAUUCCAGACCACCUUCGGAAGGAGUACGGCCUUGAGCCUGUCUCGCCUCCGAACGCCUUAGGAAUAAAGACAGCAGAAGAGGGAGAACCUCAGCAAAAUGAAGAAGAACUUGAUCCAACCUGUGCCGCUGCAACAUGGAAAAUUGUCCAAGAUAAACUACCCAGAGUGCAACCAACAGAUACCAGGAAUUCUGAAUUUGUAACUUCAGGGGAGCAGAACAAUAAGCGUGAAGAAGAGAAAUCCAAGGCUCCAUUUGUACCUUUUGGUUUAGAUCUUGCUUACUGGGGAGAAGAACAACCUGUUGCUGGAAAGAUUUUUAAAGUUGCUUCUCAGCAUCGCUUUUGGACACCGAACGAGAUGGAAGAAGAAGUGGAAAAUAAGGAUAUUGCAGGGAUGCUGAAAAGCAGGUGCAUAACGUUUGCUGGCAAGUUUGAACCAGUGCAACAUAAAUGCCGGGCCCCCAUGCCAAAUGGGGGUCUUUGUGAAAGGCAGGACAGAGUUAAGUGUCCUUUCCAUGGAAAAAUAAUCCCACGGGAUGAACUUGGAAAUCCUGUUAAUCAAGAGGACAGAGACAGGGAAGCAAAGGAGCAGUUUGAAAAAAAGGAAAAGCAACCAGAGUGGCAAGAUCCAGAAUUCAUGAGAGAAGUUGAAACAGCCACAGGAUUAGAUCUUGGAUCAUCUCGAUAUAGUGGAAAAGGAGGAAAAAGCAAGGGGAAAAGAAAAAAAUACCCAAACCUCACAGACCUGAAGCAGCAAGCAGACACGGCUCAUUCCCGCCUUGGAAAGAAAGUUUUUGACAAAACCGCAAUGAAACGAGUGGCGAAAGCAAUGAAUCGAAUAGACCAAAGGAAACACGAAAAGUUUGCAAACCAGUUUAAUUAUGCACUCAAUUGAACUGCCGCGUGGGGCGAGGUCCUUGAUGGUGCUGUGACUCACUUCUUUAGAUAAUUAUUUUAAUUAAUAAAUGAUUAAUUGUAAUUUAAAUAUCAAAUAGUUGAUAAUGGGCAUACAUUUAUAGCAAAGAAUUGUAUAUGUAACAAACUGAUAGCUAUUUGGACUGUGUCUUAAACAGAAGUUUUAUGACUUGUAUAGGAAGCCCCCCCCCCCCCCCGCUUCUGUCAUUUCAUAAAAUGUGCAAAUCGAAUUGUUCAGGAUAACGUUCUUGUUGGGAAAGUGGAGCUGUGAUGCAGCAUAUCAAGUCAGGAGGGACAGGGUGUUUUUUCCUCCAUUUCUUCAGUCCCAUCCCAUUACAUUUUGUAGUUUUAUUAAGUAUCUUUGAUGUUAACGUCGUUUGUAAUCCGCUUGCUUAUUGACUGAAUAGUUUUGUUUUUACUAGAAAUCUUUGCUAUUAGAUUCCUGUGUGUUACGUGCCAUCAAAAUUUCUUAAAUGUUAUUGCUCCCAUAUUUUAUAAUUGGCUUUGACUGUGUAACUCUACUGUAAUCCAUUUUGAGUCCCAGUGGGAAAAGCAGACUAUAAAUGAAAAUAAAUAAUCCAAUAACUUGGA